AUGUACAGGGACUUCAUGGUGCUACAACAGAUAAAAAUUGCAGCUGACACGUGCUAUGUCACCUCUAUUCUGCUGACUGCCCUCAAGGGCAACUCCUUUCCUGGUGCCAAAGACAUUAAGAAAAUACUAGACAGCAUGGGCAUCGAGAAGGACAAUGAUCGACCCCACACGGUCGUCAGUGAGUUGAAUGGAAAAAACAUUGAGGAUGUCAUCGCUCUGGAUGCUGGCAAGCUGGCCAGUGUGUCUGCUGGUGGGGCUGUAGCUGUUUCUGCUGCCCCUGUCUCAGCAGCUCCAGCUGCUGGUUCUGCCCCCGCUGCAGCACAGGAGAAGAAAGAGGAGAAGGGGGAGGCCGAGGAGUCAGAUGACGACAUGGGAUUUGGCUUGUUCGAUUAA